AUGUCCUCGAACUUGUUGCAGGAGAUUCUGGCUGAAAUUAAGUCCUACCCUGAUGGCAUAGACUUAUUAAUAACAGCACUAUACACUGCAGCGCACCACUACAGGAGGAGCACAAUCUGCACACCCUUCCCUUCCGAGGUUUUUGCACCAGUCCCAAACACAAGCGACAAGGAUUUCCAGGCCCUUCAAUGCGCACUGGACGCCCUGCCGCCCGUCCACUCCUUCCUACGCUCCGAUGCUGAUGACUUGAUCUCGAAGCUUCCUCCAUCCGUCCUGGGGCUCCUUAAAUGGAUGCUCCUCAACCCCAGUCGGCGGCGCCGCUUCACGCUGACGACCCUGGGCGACAUGGUACGCCACCUGCGCCAGCGGGCCGCAGCAGGCGGCGGCGGCGGCAGCAGCAGCGGCAGCGACGGCAGCUGGCAGCUGCCAUCUCUAUCCGGGCCGAACUCCCCGGCGUACAUCCUGCGUGUCCACCACCAUAACCUACCGCAAGAUCAACAACAGGGCUUUAGCAUUAGCACUACUGCUGCUGCUGCUACCGCCAAUGGCACUGGCAGCAGCUUCCAGUGUGAUGGCAGUGGUGGUGGCGUUAUUGCGUACCACGGUACCCACCUGGAGAAUCUGCACUCCAUCAUCCACACGGGGCUGCAGAGCAUGAGCGGUACCCGUCUUCAGCGCACGGGGGCUAAUUUCGGGGCGGGAAUCUACCUCAGCACCAACUAUGACACCGCGUUCAGUUUCUGUCAGCCGUGUGACUCCUGGCCCCGGUCCCGCUUCGGCAGUAAGCUGCGCGCCCUGCUAGUGUGUGAGGUGGACAGAGACAAGUACACGUUGGGGAGGGGACCUGGCAGCGGCCCCUCGCAGGUGCCGGAGACGUACCUGGUCGUACAGCGGGCGGAUGCCGUACGGCUGUUGUACAUUAUGUUGUAUUGCGACGCGCCACGUACGGCACGGCCCGCACGGGUCAACUGGUGCACCGUGAUGGUGGUGUUGUACGCGGCGUUCUUGUUGGGCAAGGCGCUGCUGGCUGCAUUGCAGCAACACCGUUACUAACCAACUAACCAACAAAAAUUGCCUUCUGCCAACUUAACAUAGUCGCGACCCAGUGCCGCAACACAAUGUUCCGUGCGCGCCAUCACGCGCUCUGGAGAAGACGCCGGGCAGAUACCGGCAGUUGGGUCGAGUCAGCAGGCAUGGCUAAGACAGAUGGGGGCUGGCCCGCGGGGGAAAUUGGGAAGGGAGGGGCCGAUGACGGGAAGUCUCGGAAGAGGAAAACCCCAUGGAUAGGGAGGGAAAGGGAAGGGAAGGUGAGAGGGGGAAUCGGAUGGAAGGCGGGUGCGUAGAAAGAACGGAAUGGGGUUUUGUUGCAUAUUGUCUUUUUGUACCGGGGGUUUUGUAUGGAGCGCAGCGCAGCCCCCUCCCCAAUAAUAAAGCUCCCCUGGGGCCGGAUUUGGUUGUGGAUUAUGGGCCUUUUGGCUUACAUGGAAGAAUGAAACACAAUCGCGCGCAAUUCAUCCAUCCAUUGCUUGCUUGCUUUGGAGGCAGCUUCGGACCAUGAAUCGGAUUUCCUGACACGAUAUCGACGUAGAUUUUUCCCGCGGCAGUCGGGAGUGUAGGUAGACAUCUGGGGGCGGUGUCGAUCGGUGGUGUAGUUGCGAGGUGGGGCACAUGAGGCGCAGAACUGGGGCUCCAAUGUGCAUGGUGCUACGGACUCCGCGUAGUACAAAAAGACGUAAGACCCUGACCCCUCUGAACCCGGCUCGAUGCAUUCCGUGCGGCGCUAAACCGUCGAGCUUGUCGUGGCGUGUGCUUGUUACAACUUCAUAGCCGCUGUUCGAGUACAUAUAUAAACUUUCAUUGUCCGAAUUAAUGUAUGUUGUGUGACAGGGAAGACUUGCAAAAUUGGGUACAAGAAGCCACUAAAAAGCAACCGUCUUGAGGACAGGAUUUCAGCGAAGUGCACACCGAUUGGCGAUUACGAUAACUGCCUCACCUAUAUCGCAGUGGGACAUCAUCCGCGCACCAAACUGGCCGAGACCUCUGUUACAGAUUCUC